AUGACAGCCCCUGAACUCACCCUCAUCGUAGCCGCAACCCGCAGCAUGGGCAUUGGCUUCCAGGGAACCAUGCCCUGGAAGGGCCUCAAGCGGGAAAUGCAGUAUUUCGCUCGCGUCACGACGCGGGUUCCCGCCUCGUCACAGGCCCCCCAAAACGCAGUCAUCAUGGGCCGCAAAACAUGGGACUCGAUCCCCCCCAAGUUCCGGCCCCUCAAGAACCGCCUCAACAUCGUCAUCACCCGCUCCGCCACAUCCUCCCAUCCUCCUCCUCCUACCUCAUCAUCAUCAUCAUCAUCAGCAGCAGCAGCAGCAGCCAGCGCAGAGAUCCGCGUCCCGUCCGUCGAAGCAGCCCUGCAGUACGCGCACGAAGCCAGCGCGGGGACCGGCGCCCGCGUCUUCGUCAUGGGCGGCGCGCAAAUCUACGAGGCUGCGCUGCGGCAUCCGGCGGCCAAGAGGGUGCUGCUGACGAGGAUCGAUGCCGACUUUGAUUGCGAUGUGUUUUUCCCGCUUGAUUUGAGGGCGGAUGGGAGCGAGGAGGCUGCGGCCAAGGGGUGGCGGAAGAGGUCGAGGGAGGAGUUGCAGAGGUGGACGGGGGAGGAGGUGGAGGUUGAGGAGGGAGGGCAGGAGGAGGCGGGCAUCAAGUAUGAGUUCGAGAUGUGGGAGAGGGAGUGA